AGAACCGGAAACUUAGAGACAAAGUUCCGAGCCCCGCCCCUGGCUUUGCUCCCCCGCCGUCUGGCUUUGCUGACCCACUACCGACAAAUCGGCCUAGCUUGCCCGCACAAUGUCUGGUUCCUCCAGUGUCACCGCUAUGAAGAAGGUGGUUCAACAGCUCCGGCUGGAGGCUGGGCUCAACCGCGUGAAGGUUUCCCAGGCAGCUGCAGAUUUGAAACAAUUCUGUCUGCAGAAUGCUCAACAUGACCCCCUGCUGACUGGAGUAUCUUCAAGUACCAACCCCUUCAGACCCCAGAAAGUCUGUUCCUUUUUGUAGUGAAAUGAAUCUUUGAAGGUGUUCUAAACCACUUUUCAUGAACCAGUGAAUAUUUGAAGAGAGCUAAAUUUGAAGCUUGUACAAAAAGCUUAUCCCUGUAACACGUGCCACACUAUACAAACUUCUGCUUUGUCAGUCCUUAACAUCUACCUCUCUGAAUUUUCAUGAAUUUCUAUUUCACAAGGAUGAUUAUUUUAUAUACACUGAGCGCAGCAUUCAAAUAAAUACUUAGUAUAAAAGGG